AUGUCGAACCCUUCGCCUUCUGUCACAGCUCCCAUCUCGGGCCCUCAGUCCGUCCCUGUCGGUCAGCUCCCUGCACCUUCCGCAUCCCUGGUCGCCAAGUAUCGAGGCGCAACAGUCGAAGACCUCCAGCUUCCUCCUGCCAUCUCAGUCCCUCGAUCCACAAAUGUCUCUUCAGCACUUCGCGUAGCUCUCGACCAUGACUACUCACAGUUGCCUCUUGUCAGUGACAAAAAUCGCAAGUUGCUCGGAUACGUUCAAAAGGACCGCCUUGAAGAGCAGGUCAAAGUCGGUAAUAAUGACAAGUCGGUCGCAUCCAUCAUGACCAAAUUCUCCAGCGGUUCAUCGAUAUCUUGCUCAUCUACUGCAGUUGCAGGAACAUACACCGUUAUCACUCCUGAUACAGGUCUUGCAGAGCUCGAAGUCUUCCUCCAAUCCCACCCCUUCGCUUUCAUCACCGACCCUGGCCGUGCUUUCGUGCUUGGCGUGGCUACACAAGAAGACCUCUCAAAGUACGUCUCGAGGCGCGGUCUUGACGGCACUCGCUCUGGUGCAGCUACCCCAACCCAGGCUUCUACACCCACACCAGCUGCUCCCCGUGCUGGUUCGCAGGACAAUGACGAACCCAUGCCAUCCACAACCGCAGGCCUCCCUACCAACCAACCAUCCGCAUCCUCAUCAUCCGCUGCCGCCGCUCCAGCAGCUGCAUCAUCUCUACCAACAUCCAACCACCCAAUGUCGCGCAGAGAAGAAGAAGAGGCGAGAAAAGACCGCACGCUCGCCGAAUUCAUGCAAUUGCUCGACGGAUACACACCCUUGAUACCCGACCAAGUCACCGAUUUCUACCUCGAAAAAGUUGGCUUCGAAUGUCACGAUGUGCGACUCAAGCGACUUCUGUCUUUGGCUGCGGAGAAGUUUGUCAGCGACAUUGCAUCUGAUGCAUUCCAGUACGCUCGUAUUCGUACGAAUGCUGGUCCGGGCGGUCGUCCACGUGGUCAGGUCAGUGCUGUUGGUGCAGGAACAGGCGGAGCUGCGGGCGUGAGCGCUGGUGCUGCAGGUGGUGCAGUUCUUGCUGGCGCCAGGGACCGCUCGAGGACUGUGCUCACAAUGGACGACCUGUCCGCAGCUCUCAGCGAGUACGGCAUCAACGCUCGCCGCGCAGAGCACUUCCGAUAG